UAGCCAAUUGCGGCCCCGCCUUCCCCGGCUGGCCAAUCGCGGCGCAGCACGGUCGCUAUGGCGACGCGGGACGCGGCCCGGCCCGGCCAUGGCCUCCUACGGGCUGGGGGUCCGCAUCGGGAACUGGCUGGAGGACGAGUACGCGCAGCAGGACCUCCUGAGGGAUUUUAUCCGUAAGAGAGAGCAAGGACAACUUUUAAUACAGAGAUUAGCCAGACUUAAAGAGAAUAUUUUCAAGAGGGUAGAGCUGUCAAUAUCUUCUGAUGGAUUUGUUCACUUUGGAGACACCGUGUUGCUGAUGAACCCAGACAACAACAAAUCCUCGGGUUUGGAAGGGACCUCGGAGGAGAGGGACCCCGAAAUGUGUGGGGACGUGACUCUGGCUGUGGACAUGGAAGAGAUGUCCCUGUACUCGGACCAGCCCCUGCAGCUCUCGAGUGGACUGAGCGCAGUCAAGAGCGUGGACCCCGUGGGUCGAAAUGCUUUCUGUAUUGUAAGUGUUGAUGGAAGUGCAGUGGGAGAACCACUUAGAUACGGGCAAAACUUUGUUCUUGGGACAAAAGGAGGCGUUUCUGACAAACUGUUUUAUUUGGCAAGUGACCACAAAACAUUUAAAGAUUUUGCUAAAAAAUCCCGCCUUCAGAAAGUAUUUUUGACAGCUGAGCUUUCCUAUUUGACUCUCUGGCAAGCUAAAUCCUUGGAUCCACAACUGCGUCUUGAGCACGAAGGAUUUCCAGUUCCCUCAGAAACUAAAAUUAUUAUUACUCAUUGCUACACCAAUCGCAACUUAGCUGUCCCAAGGACCUUCUGUGUGUGGUCUCAUUUUGGAAGAGAAUUUGAAGUCAUCUGUCACAAUUAUCUGGACUCCCACAGAGUAGAAGAAGAUAAGAAUUACUGGGAGAUAAUUACAAGAAAUCCUGGUCCUGAAGAUGGUACAAUGCUUGAGAGACCCAAAGCUUUCCCAGAAGGGUAUAAGAAUGAAUGAGUUUCAUGAAAAGACAGAGAAUAUAAAAGCCCAAGACUACAGCCAGGAGAGGUUGAUGAGAUGCUGAUUCUUGUUUCUUUCUGUUUAGAUUUUAGAGAUGUUUAUUUUAAAAAUGGAAAUGCAAGUCUGCCAUUAGUAAUAUUGCAUAAUCUCAUUAACUCAUCAAGGUUAUAAUGGGCAAAAAACUUUUAAAAUUUGAUGAACAACACAGCAAAAAUUGUAAAUCAUGAAAGGCUCCUUUUUCUGCUUUCACCUUCACUAAUGAUAAAAGUUGUCAGAACCCAGGCAACAUAAUAGAUUUUCCUUAAAUUACUGGCUCUCGGAGUAUAUUUAACCAAUUCUUCCAAAGCCAAACCAGUGUCAUAAUUUUUAAAAGGGUGAGUGGACAGUUUCCAAAACACUGAAAACCAAACAUACGCAAUGUUAUCAUGGGAUGCUUUGACAUUUAAAGUUCAUCUGAAAGAAAGUUGAUUGUUGAGCUUAUUCCACCCUCCAUCUAGCACAACAUUGCCGUUAUUAAAUCACAAGUUAAGGGUUUUUUAUCUUGAAAUUAUCUUCUAAUUCAUGGAUAUAAAUUGAGUUUUUUUGUUUUUAUCCAUGUAUUCUAAACACUUUAAUAUCAAGUAAUCAAGAACUUGAGCUCAGUGAUACAGACUAGAGACUUACAACAGCCUUUUCAAUGCCUCACCAUGUUCCGUUUAUCUCUCGCCUACAGCAUUUUUCCAAUCCUUAGUAAUUUCUAACAAAUUUGAGAGUAAGAUGAAAUUGUCAAAGAAAAUUUGGCAUCCACAAUUUUCAUGAAACUAAAUGCCAAAGCAGAAAAUAAAUACGACAUGCUUUAAGUUUAUCCAGUAAGAAAAAUGUUAUCUUUAUAUAUAAGCUAUAUAUCUCUAUAUAUCAGCUUUAUAUAGAAGGCCUUAAACCAAAACCAUUUCUGAAACAAAGCUCGGUGUGAACUCCUGCAGGAAUGAGGACUGUGUGGGCAGGGUGCCUGGGCUGGCCAUGUUUUGGGUAGGAGUGUUGGUGUGUGCAUUUGAGUGGAAGGAAAGCACUGCAUGCUGUACAAACACAAGUUUUGCAAAGACUUAGAGGAAAAACAAAGAGCAAACAGAUACAGAAAUGAGUACAAAAGCAGGUAAUGUUGGAACUGGGUGCUGAUUAAAAGUAGUUUGCAGACGUGUGUGUUUUGAUCACUCUGUGCUCAUUGGAAAAGAUUUCUUGAGCUGAAAAUAAACAGGAUUGAAUCAAUAUUCCUGAUUUCAUUAGCAGUGUUAAACACACAGAUUUGUGCAAAGCUAUCAUAUCAUAUCAAUCAUAUCCAUAUCAUAUCAUAUCAUAUCAUAUCAUAUCAUAUCAUAUCAUAUCAUAUCAUAUCAUAUCAUAUCUAUUUAAAAUUCAUCUAAUUCACGAUAACAAAUACAGAUUCUUAACUAAUUUGCUGGGUUUUUUUGCACUUCUUAAUAUUGUCCACAUGAUGGAAGCACAUGUUUCUAAACUGCACAAUUCCUGCCAUGCCUGUAAAACAGCCUGAGAUGUUUAAAUCCAAAUGAGUCCCUGAUACAAUGCCACAGAAGGACACCAAGUUAAAACAGACUUGAAUUGUAGGCUAGGAUAUGUCAUUACUGUUACAUUGUGUUUUUGGAAAGUAACACAAAGGUGGACAGGACAUUGUGUAUUGCAUACGGUGAACUUCUUUAUAUUAAUUGGAAGAUUAAAACCAAAGCAUAAUUAGAGGAAAUUAGGAGCUUUUUCUUUCAUUUUCUGUGUAAAGAUAUGAAACUUGAUGUGUGACAAGAAUUUUAUCGGGGUAUUUUUAUUGCCUUUGCCAAUUUACAAAAAUUAAAAUUAUGCCCAUUUUCACAA